AUGGCGGAGAGGCAGGAGAUCGUCUCCGGCGGCGUUGUAGCGGCGCCGAUGUGCGCCAACAGCUGCGGGUUCUUCGGGAGCGCGGCGACCAACAACUUCUGCUCCAAGUGCUACAAGGAGCACCUGAUCAAGACCAUCGAAGCCGACGCCGCCGCUCUUGUUGACGAGAAGAAGACCAAGUCCACCACCAAGCAGGCUGCUGCUCACGAGCCCGAUCAGCUGGCUGAUGGUCAUCAAGAUCCUGACGCCACCACUGCCGUUGCCGCUGCAGUGGCCACGGCCACGCCAGUUGCUCAAGCACCGAUAGGGAAGAAGAAGAACAGUGGCCGCCCCUUGGAGACGCAGAAGCAGGAAGCGUCGUCCGGGUCCGCCGUCGUGGCCUCAUCGAGUGCGCGAACGCGUGCGGUUACUUCGCACGCGGACACCAACAACCUGUGCACCCUCUGCUAUAGGGACUUCCUCAAAACCGUUCACUCCGCCCCGGCCCCGGCGCCAUCGGCGGACAAGGUCGUCCUCGCUGCUGCCGAGCAGCCGGCGGCGGACCAGAUCUCUGCUGCAACUUCUAGUUCCAAAUCUUGCACCAUGCAGUGGAGGCGCCACGCCGGAUGA